GGGAAGGGUCGCCUCGGAUUCCUGCACCGCCACGCCGUGGCGAACGCGUCCAAGGAUUUUCCACCGCGCCUUGUGCAGGACGUGAAGGUGAUUGAUGCGAGGGUUGGGUGCAAGAGCACCAUGGCCGCCACGGUCGAGACCGCCGCCAAGACUGCACUCAAGGGCGGCGAAAUUCAGACCCUGCGUUCCACGGAGGCCAGGGAAGGAGGUUCCUGCAAGCCGCCUUCUAAACCAGAUCCUCAUCCGGCAGAAGGUGGGGCUAUGGUGCCUAGGCAAAAAGUGGCGGGUGAACAAAAUCCUGAAAUGGCUCAAAUGAUACUAGCUGAUCUAAUAGAAAGCAAAGCCAUCAUGGAUAUCGACUUUCUUGAAAAUUGGUUGGUUGAAAAAGAAAGGCUUUCUGUUGAAACAUAUUUUGAGAUGUAUGCUUCUUUGACUCAGCGUGUCUGGUACAGCAAGUGGCUUUUAUCCAGCAAAGAAUACACUAGGCACAUCCCUGCAUUGCCUUCUGAGAAAGGUUUCAAGGAUUCACAGUGCAGCGAAAUACAAAUUGGGAAACUGCUUGAGUUGAUUUCUGCAAUGGAAGAUCAGAAUCACAGAUGCCAACAUGAAGAUCUUGUCAGAGCCAACCGUAAAGCUAUGUAUGCAAUCCGAGAAUUCUUAUGCGAGACCUGCUUGAAUCCAAAGCCAGACUUAGAGAUUCUUUGCUUGAACAUAAUAUCGCUUUCUGCCAAUGACACCAGCAACAGCCUCAUUCUUGGGAAUCAUCUCAGGCUUAUUGGAAUCAUUGUCACCAAAUCAAUAAUUGGAAGCCCAAACGUUCAGUAUCAAGCCUUCAGGGUCCUUGGAAAGCUCGCUAGGGUGCAUGCAACUAAAAUGAUGAUACUAGACUUUGGUGGAAUCUCUUCUGCAGCACAUGUCAUAGAGAACUCUGUGCUGGAACUAGAGUCUGCCAUAAGGAUGAUUACUGUUGUGCUUGAAUCAGAGUACAGCCAUCCAAAGAUAUUCAAGGAUCUCUUACCAUACCACAUAGUAAAAGCUGUGGGUGAAAGAAGGCUGACUGAACCCGCCUGCAUUGAAGCGGUUCUGGAGGCGGCAACAAAGGUUGAGCUUGCAACGUCAGAAUUUUUUGAAGCACUGAUUAUCUUGAAGGAUGGAAGUGGAAGCAAAACCUUCUGCUUGGAAUCCUUCUAAGGAUUGCUACACAAGGGACAGAUGAGGAGUACUCAUAUUAGGCUAUUGUGAUUGCCUCAUUUGUCAGUUCUGUGCAAGAUUCUAUUUGGCUGAGAUGUAGGUAAUUGUUAGUACCUACUAUCGCUACUUAUACUCAGAGGUGUGGAAUUUGGUUUGACUGGGAUGUAUCACACUCUUUAGCUCCUGUAAUUGCUUCUAUGGCUUGGAUGUGUGAAACAUUUUCCUUGAUGAUGUAGAUGGAUGUUUGUUCAAGUAA